AAGGUCGUGUUCGUCGGCGGCACCGGCCGCGUGGGCAGCUCCGCCGCCGCCGCGCUCCUGAGGCAGGAGCCCGGCGUCGCCCUGGUCCUCGCCGGCAGGACCGAGUCAUCGUUCACAGCCGCGGUGGAGCGCCACCCCACGCUCCGAUCGAGCUCGUGCGCGUUCGCCGCGUGCGAUUGCUCCGACCCGGCGUCGCUGGAAGCGGUCAUCGCGGGCGCCGACCUCGUGGUGCACUCCGCCGGUCCUUUCCAGGGCGGCGGCGACCAGUGCGCGGUGCUCGACGCCGCCAUCGCCACGGGCGUUCCCUACCUGGACGUGUGCGACGACGCGGAAUACGCCAAGGCGUGCAGAUCCAAAUCCGAUGCCGCCAAAUCCAAAGGCGUCCCGUGCGUGACGACGGGCGGCAUCUACCCCGGCGUCAGCAACCUGAUGGCCGCCGAGAUGAUUGCACAGAACCGCGCCUCUGGCUCUGAAGGCGCUGAGGUCGCCGAGGUUGAGUACGUGCUGUACAACUACUUCUGCGCGGGCUCCGGAGGCGUGGGGGACACCAUCCUCGCCACCAGCUACAUGCUCUGCGGCGAGGACGUGGUGUGUUGGGAUAAAGGCGAGAGGGUCGUGACGAGGCCGGCGACGCAGCGCAAGGUGGUGGACUUUGGGAAGAAGUGCGGCAAGCGGGAGGUGUUUUUGUACAACCUCCCGGAGUGCGCGUCCGCGAGGGAGACGUGGAACGCGGAGACUGUGAAAGCUCGGUUCGGGACGUCCCCUGGUUUAUGGAACGGCGCGAUGGCGCUGAUGGCCAAUCUGGUUCCCAAGGAGACGUUGCUGAACAAGGACGUCGCGAAGGCGCUCGCGACGUUCACCGCGCCGAUCGUGCGUGCGGUGGACGCCGUCGUCGGCGAGAGGACCGCGAUGAGGAUCGACGUGAAGCUCAAGGGCGGGGCGCUCGCGGGGGCGAUUUAUAAUCACCCGAGGCUGUCGGAGGCUGUCGGAGACGCCACCGCCGCGUUCUGCGCCGCGAUGCUCCGCGGGGAGACGGAUCCCGGCGUGUGGUACCCGGAGGAGGCGGGUGCGGUGAAGGACAGGGCCCGGUUGUUGGAGGCGGCGGCUGUCGGGUGCGACAACUACGAGAUGAACAAGGCGGCGUGGAUGCUCGAGUCGAAACCCAUCAACCUCGGCUUCGGCAUCUACAUC